UAGAUUUUAAGAUAAUAAAUAAAAAGGUGUGACAGCUCAACUGUGAGAGCUGACGCCAGCCACGGUGGGUUUUAAAAGAGACUGCCUAACCUGUUUGAAGUAUAUUCCUUUGCCCCAAGGCAUCUGGGAGAGUUACCAGUGACUUCAGGAGGGGCUUGCAGGUGCUCAGUUAGGACUUGAACAAAGGCUGGAUGUCUUAGACUAGAUCCAGUGGUCCCAGGAUGUAUUUCCCAUAGCAAAAUCGCUACCUGGCCCCCAGAUUUGCUUAUAUCUUUUUUUUCCCCUCCUGUCAGCAAAGCAGCAAGUCAGGCUGUUGCAUAAUGUUGUAAGAGUUCUGGUAAGGUCUUGGAAGAACAAGUAAAUAUAAGCUGAGCUGUCAGAAUUUUCCACAAGACGCUCAGCUCGCUGGCAUCGCCGGGUCUCCCUGGGGGAUCUCCAUCGCAGCGAUUCUGUUAAGUCAGGGGCAGAAAAAGGAAUCACUUUGCGUUCUUUGCAACCGUCAGCCGGUUUGAUAUCUACCAGCUGUUCUCUUUUGCUGCCUUGUCCCAGCCCUGGACCCCUGCUCUGCCUACAUCAGCCUCAACGAGCCCUGGAGGAACACGGACCACCACAUCAACGGCUCGCACGGGCAGCCCACGUGCGACAGCCAGAUCGACGGCGAGUGGUACCGCUUCACGGGCAUGGCCGGGGACGCCAUGCCCACCUUCUGCAUCCCGGAGAACCACUGCGGCACCCACGCGCCCAUCUGGAUGAACGGCAGCCACCCGCGGGAGCGGGACGGCGUCGUGGCGCGCCAGGCCUGCGCCAGCUUCAACGGCAACUGCUGCCUCUGGAACGCCACCAUCGACGUCAAGGCCUGCCCCGGCGGCUACUACGUGUACCGCCUCGCCAAGCCCAGCGUUUGCUUCCACGCCUACUGCGGCCAUUUUUAUGACAUCUGUGAUGUGGUGGAUUGCCAGGGCCCCUGCCUGGACACCAGUGACUGCACCUGUUCCCCGGGGACGACGCUGGGACCUGAUGGACAGACAUGCCUUGAUGAAAACGAGUGUGAGCAGAACAACGGGGGCUGCAGUGAGUUCUGUGUGAACCUGAAGAACUCCUACCGCUGCGAGUGCGGGGUCGGGCGCACGCUGGGCAGCGACGGCAAGACCUGUGAAG